CCUCUGUUAUAGCAGUUUUCUGGCUAACUGUUAACAUAGAGGAAAACUAACAAAACAGGCACACCUGUGUCCUACAGCUAACAGGUCUUUGAAGUGGAGGGCUAAGAAGAUGCCAUGAGGAUUAUGUUCAGGAGGAUGGGAUAUACAUGUUGUUAACGUUAUGGAUACUUUAUGGAGAAAUCCACUCUCCAUGGCUUGGCUCAAGUGGCAGUUACAUUCCUGGUCAAGUAUAAAGGGUAGUUUCUAAGCCUCAAGGACUACUAACUACAACAAGGUUCUGCUGUCCUCCUGCGGGAACUCCACUCUGACCAUGAGGGACCGUCUGGAGGAGCUGCAUCAGAGGGCCCAGGAGUUCCGGGAGGCAAGAAACAAGGCAGAUGAGACCCCAUUCCCUGAGGAAGACGCUGACCCAGAUGACCCAGCAUGGGUUAGUGUCGCCACUCCACAGCAGGCUGUGGUGUUUGAGGAGGAACCAGUCCUGGACAACUUCCUGUCCGAGGCUCAGCAUAUCCGCGGUGACAUCACUGAGCUCGAAACCGAGGUGAAGAAGUUUAGCCAGCAUCAAAGGAGCCUGGUGGCAACCAUGCGUCGUUUCAGUGUGAUGAAAAAGGAGAGCAGUGUGACGAGGGACAUCAAGCUGCAGGCAGAGCGCAUCCACAGACGGCUGGACGCCCUCUUCAAGAAGGCACAGAGUUUAGAAGGCCUGCAGGGACUAGCUACAGCCACUACACGCAUCCAACGCUCCCAACACGCAGUGCUACACAGACAAUUCCAGCAGGUGAUGCGUUUGUACAACGACUCCAUUCUCAGUAAACAGGAGCGGUGUAAACACUUCAUCAUCCGUCAGCUGGAGGUGUCUGGUCGCGACGUCACCGAGGAGGAAGUGGACGAAAUGGUUGCUGCGGGGAAGUGGGAGGUGUUUAACCAGAACCUCCUCAACAAUGAACGCAUCACACGCUCUAAGCUGUCUGAGAUCGAGCAGAGACACAAGGAGCUGGUGAAUCUGGAGAGCAACAUGAAAGAGCUGAGAGAUCUGUUCAUGGAUGUCUUUAUGUUGGUGGAGGAGCAGGGAGACUACAUAGACCACAUCCAGACCAGCGUAGAGAAGACACAGGACUAUGUCACUGUCAGUAACGAGAAGUUUAAAAUGGCUGCCAGGUACAGGAAAAAGAACCCUUUGAGGAGGCUCUGCUGCUGUUGCUGCCCCUAGUGGUGAUGCACAUAGAGGAGAGACUGGAGACUGGAGAUGCCCCUGGAGGUUUUUCAGAUGGGGAGAGGAAGAAUUCUGGAGAGUCUACAGGUGGCAUUUCACUUAUAAGAAUCUUCAGAGGAGACCGCGUGAAUCAGGCCUUCGUGGUCGAAUUGCUGCAAAGAAACCACUACUAAAGGAAACC